AGCUGAUUGAAGACAACAAUCUAGCCGAGAAGCAACACAGGUGUGGCUGCCGCCUGGAAACUCACACGUUUUCACCCUAUUUCACACCCCCACACACCUCGGGGGAGCACACGCUAAGCUGAAAUAAGGGACAGGAGGAAUAUUGUCACUUGUCUAGUGUACCCAGUGGCCGGAGCAGGACAGUGGGCAGCAGGGAAAGGGUGCCUGGCGAGAAUCAAGUCGUCAUAGAGCGUAAACAUGUAACAGCUACGGUGAAGGACACGCACACCCACAACCUCCUCCACGUUUUCAGAAUAAACAAUGGCAAGUGUCAAGGUUCCUGAGCAGAAGAUAAUUUUAUGUGGAGAAUAUGGUGUAGGGAAAAGCUCACUAUUUCGACGAUAUGCCACCAACACCUUUGUGACGGCAACAGACAGGAAGUCAACUCUUGGCCUGGACCACUACGAAAAGGUGUAUCGUACGGGAGAUAAGGAAGUCAAGCUCCAGCUCUGGGACACGGGUGGCAUGGAGCGAGUGGCCAGCAUAACUUCCUCCUAUUAUAAAUUUGCUGAGGCAGCUAUCCUGGUCUUUGCCCUGGACAACCCUGACUCCUUCAACAUCCUCUCCCAACACCUUCUGGAUAUUGUGACAUAUGCUGAGAAUGCAAAGAUAUUCCUCUGUGGCAACAAGUACGACCUCAAGAGUCAAAUACAAGUAACUGAUGCUGACAUGGAGAAUUUCUGUGAACAGUGCCACAAUCUUAUUUCUGGAAUCUACAAGACAUCAUGCAAGACGGGUGUGGGUGUGGAGGAAAUGUUUGCUGACAUUGCAAGGCAACUCAGUGACUCCAAUAGGUCUCGCAAGGAACUGGAGUCCAUGAAUAAGGAUUCCUUCAAGGUGACUCCUCCUGAAGGUGAACCAGAGGACUCUUGUCUGUGCUGAGGUGUAGAAAGUGAUAAGAACAUCACCAAUAUCAUUUUGUUAAGUUGCUGCACCCACCACUGCUGCUGCCACUGCUGCUGUUCAGUAGGUGCCACCCUUGUGUUGUGGCUUACUGGUUCACAAGGUACUGUUGGGUGUAGACAAUUGUGAUGAAGCCAUUUUUUUAUGUGAUUUGAGCCUAUACUUAAAAAGUAGCUACAUUAAUCUUUGCAGUUAGCAUUUUUAGUAAUAUAUUAUAAAUUUAGCUUUUGAUAAUGGCAGUGAUUAAUAUUUACCAUGUGCAGAAUGUAAUUUGUUAUGGAUUGCUGUUUUAUAUAGUGGUCUAGGAAGAAAUGUUUACAAAAGAAGCAUAAGAUGUGUAUUCAGAUUUUGUAUACAUGAGUUUUUGUGAACUUUUCAGUAUGCAUACAGUGCUAGUCUUCUGUAGUCUGAAUAGGUAUUUAAUGUUUUAUUUAUCUCUUCCUAUCAUUUGCAUGUUCUGAUAACCUAAUUAUAAUUAAUAUUCAGAUUGUUUUGAGUGUAUUGUGAAUGACAGGGUGACAGGAAUGCAAACUUAUGCCUUCAUAACCAGCUCACAUUUGUACUGAGGAUAGCAGCACCUAGCUUUGGGAAAUCAAGGUCUGUUAGGUCAUGACAAAUAUGCCAUUUGACUUUUAUCAGUGGCAUGUCAAAAUAGUGUCAUUGAAGUAGGUGCUGCUGGGAUGCAUCUGUAGUAGUGUGGCAGAGUGUGUGUUGGUGUGACAGUCACUGUUCGCAAUGAUCAUUACAGAUGAUGCGAGGUAACUGGGCUGAGUGUGUUGCGUGUGCCAAGCAGCUAACUUACCUGCAACAUUCUGGUCAUGUUAACAGCCUCCACUCACACUACUUCAUUAUGUUUUCUAAUGAGGUAUAGUUAGCUGCAGCCAUUAGAAAAUAUUAUUAUGAUGCUAUUUAUGCAGCAGAUAGUUAUAGUGUAAAUAACAUUAAAAAGUUAAACAAGGUAGAGCCACAAAGAACACAGGCCCAGGUAACUUUUUUUUGCUCAUUUACAGUACAUAAGUAAAUACCCUACAGUUUAAGGGUGCAGUAUGUGCCUCAUGUACUUACUUGCAUUCAUCCAGUCAAAGCUCAUACAGAGUAACAAAUAAUUUCAUGGACCUCCCAUCUCCUUCAGUCCCUGCUUUAGUGAAGAAUCACAUGUCAUGCCUCAUCCCUCCCUCCCGUCUCACUCAGUAGCACAGGCAGGAAAGGGUCAGAGGCUCAAUGGAAGGAAAGACUGGCUUUUUUUUUUCAGCUUAUUUUGCUGCCUCCUGUCAAGAUAUAUAUGCUAAUUUGAAAAUGAUGAAGCAACAAAGAUAGACAUGAAUUUGGCUAAAGAAAAUCCAACAUGAAUACAGACAUUGACACAUUAAUGAAUACUGGUUAACCACUCUUUCUCUCUCUUGAGGACAUCAUUGUAUAGUCAUAGUGACAGUAGCUCACCUGAUCCCUGACAUCUCCCCUUCACCCUUCAGCUGUCAAGCAGUGGCAUAGGUGUGUACUACCUCCACAUGCUUCACACACACUGUCCCCUGUUUGAACUUCCUCUGAAGGAAUGGCCAGGACACAGUAGUAUCAUUCUGUCCUUUUCCAACUGUGCUAGUUAUCUCUGAAACUCAUCGUUAGAAGCAGAUAUCCUUGAAGGAGUGAUAUCUUCAAAUGGCUAAGGAAAAUGGUUUUAUUUCACCAGUCAUCAUAUCUUUGGGGCUUGAAUAGUGUGUGAAUAGCUGCCUUGACUCAUAAGUUGUCUUUAUUUUACCUAUUAUUGCUGCUGUUUGUUAAUCUGGAGCCCUAUCCUCUUCACUACAGGACAAGUAAUGAUGAUGGUGAUGGGGAUGGUGAUGGUUAUGAGCGGCAGGACAUUUCAAGCCCUCACAGUCAUACAAGCUUUAAUGUGGUAAUAGGUUUCUCCCCAUUUUAUUUACACUGUGGUCUCUGUGGUUCCAUUUACUGUAUAUCCAUCCAUUAUAGUUUUAUAUACACAUUAUUCAUGAAUACCUAAGGAAAAAUCUCAAUACCUAACAAGCUUUUUAAUGCAAAGUUAAGCUAGAGUUUGGGACGGACAGUAUAGUGAUACAUGCAUUGGCAAUAAGUAUUGAAUAGUACUUUUGCACUGGUACUGGUAUCCCUGUAGUUAUUCACAGUAUCAUUUCAGUGAAAUUGAUAAGGCCUUUUCUCAAAAUGUAUAAAAAAGAAAUUACCUAUACAUUGUAUGUUAACAUGACUUUUCUGUUGGUCACUAUAUGUAUGUAUAUGAAAUCUGCAUUAUAUCAGUUUAUUCAAAUUACAACUUUAAAUAGUAUUAUAUUACUCAAAUUACAACUUUAAAUUUAAUUGAUAUUUGUACAAGUCAUGAAUUUGACUUAUUUGUUACAGUCAUUUAAACUAUCAAGUUACACAGGAGUGGGAUAUUUUCUUACCAGUCGAGUAUUGCUGAUGCACCGGUGAUACAUGUAUUGGUAUCAUUGUCACCAACUCAACAAAUAAUCAAUACAUCAGUAUCACUAUUUUCAGUUAUUGAUAUAUUGAUAUUGUCUUUGUUCUGUGUACUGAAGCCCAUCACUGGCUGUAGUAGUUGACUCUUAUACAGGGAUAUAUUAUAUGCAUACUUCACUCCACUUGCAUCUCUAAUGCCUAUGAAUUUAGGAAUGUUUCAUGUGAGGAGAGAGAUCGAAGUUCCUUUUUGUCCUGGUCAUUCCAUCAAGUGUAAAGAUUAAGGACCUACUGGUAUCUUUUAGAAAAUAACACUGGUCUCAAAUGUGUUUGUCACAUAAGUACAAUGGUCUUGUGAGUUUUGUGCUGAAACCAAAAUGUCUUCCUUUGACAGUUCCAUUCUUUUGGAAGCAGAGCCCUUUCACACUACACAUAAAACAAAUUGUAUUCACUUUUAGCAUUUCCAUUAUAAUGAUUUCCCAAGACAUUACCUUCACGUUGAAGGAAUGUUCGAAUAACACUGGCCUCUGACAGGGAUGGUAGUGUCAGUAACUUUGUCAUAGGCCCAGUCCACAUAAUUAAAGUGUCCAGCAGAUAUUAUUCAUUUACCAAGCAAAGCCUAUGUGUUGCCAUACUCAUGGUGACACAGAAUGGCAGCAGUCAGACCACCUGGCAGAUGGCCUUAUAUGGAGAUAUUGCUUGACCACUGGCAUGGACGCACUGUUGGUUUGCCCAUAUGACAGGCAUCAGGUAUGUGCCCAUCUGGGAGUGCUCAACAGGGAUUUAGUCUCGUCCGUUUUUCAGUUGUGUUUCAUGCAGGGCAGGUGUGUCAGCCAGUCAGCUACUUGUGACAUCCAAGUACAGUACAGGGAGUUCAAACUUCUCAUGUGUACAUUCCUCAUGCUCACAGCACUUGCAAUACUUACGGGAAAAAUGCAGAACUCACAAGAUCCGUGUAUAUCUUACAGAUACUUAAACUAUACUUUUGGGGGUUGAUCUGAUGAUUUAUUCAUUCAAAUAUUACUGUUUGCAGUUCCUUUUUUUUUUUUUGUUAUUCAUGAAAAACAUUUCUGGUUCUUCCUGCUUAACUCCUGUUUUCAUUCUAAUUAAUAAUUUCCUUACCCAGCAACCACUGAUGGAUAAUAUUACUCACCUUCAUUUCACCUCAGCUGUAAUAAUUCUAUGAUGAUAUUUGGAUGCUGCAGAAAUGCUUUAGGACAAUGCUUUGUUACCAUGGCAUAUAAAAUCAUUUAUAUGGGGCUGAUAAUUUAGAAUAGUGUUGGAUGUGUUUGUAUUUUAUAAAAUUUUGUAUGAAAAUAUCUUAGCAAAGUUUGACAUUAGACAUAGUUUUGUUAAACAUUAUUGGAUGUGCAAGUGUUCUGUAAUUGUAUAAUUAAAAUGUUUUGUAUUGCUUAAAAUGGAAACUCAUGGCAGUUUUCCAAGUGAUAAAAAAUAUGUUGAUAUAAUUAUAUAUAUAUAUAUUUUUUUCUCCCCCCCCUCCCCCCUCCAAAGUUUUCUUAAUAACAGGCAUUCCCAAGUUCAGGUAAAUGUGCAUCCUAAGAGUAAAGGGAACCAUGAGGGAGGGUACACAGGCUGUCUUGCCACUAGCUGUACCUUUGAAUUUGUAAGAUUCCCAGGCCUGUGUUUAUACGUACAUAUAUACAUCACCACAUGAGUCCACACAACGCACUUUGCUGCACAUUCUAAUUUACACCUAUCAUAUUUAGCAGUCCUGUGCCUGAACCUGAGUACUGGCUAAAUGCCGCUGGAGCAGGGAGAGGGGUGUGUAUUAUGUAGGUGAGGCUCCUCAGGGCUCCAUGACUUUAAUAUCUGGGUACCAGUGCCCCAUGGGAACUUGGGAUGAUUUGAGGUGAAGUGAUGUAGGGGUGCUUGACUCAUUUUGUGCUGGUGUUGAAGGUAUGUACUACUGCAAUGGUUUAGGGAGAUGAGUACAGGAGUAACAAUGCUGGAAAGAUAUUUAUUACGCAGUCACUGUUACUGUUGUUUCCUUGCUAAGUCUUCCCAUGCUGUAAUGUUUGAAAAGAGGAUUAUAAUGUAAUUAAAUGUUUUUAAACCAAUAAAAAAAAAGUAAAGGUACUUAAACCUAACGAUAGAGAGUAAUCUGAGCUUGAAUUAAAUAUUUUCUUGCCAUUAUGCUCAUCCUCCUAUCACCUUCCUCCAUCUGGAGUGUGUGUAAUAUAACACGUAACAUUUCACCGAAUGCUACUGGCAAGUGGAAGAGUAAACCUUUCAUGUUUUUUGUUAUUUAUACCUCCAAGCAUCACGCAUACUUAUGCUGUUACUGCUGAUCAAAACCUGCAGCUCUUAAAAUUUCUGAUACUACUUAUACCCUUGAUACUUUACUAUAGUGAGCAUUUGAGUUGCAUGGAGAAAAACUGUAUAAGAGUCAAGAUAAGAGCUCUUCUUCCUUCUUGUUCCCAGUGCAUGUUAGUGGUUAAUUGAUGAAUAAGUUCCACCUCAUCCUCCUCCUGAUAUAGUGUCAAGACAGGGGACUGUUCGGGAAGAAUGCAUGUGACUGAAAGUUACUGAUUGGAGGUUACUUACAAAAUAGUGGCAAUUUGUUCCAGGCUUCAUCUGUGUGUGAAGUGUGUGAAUGGCAGUUAUUGGUUAUGCAGUAAUAAAAUAUGAGGCUGAAAGAGAAGGAUGAAGUUGAUGGUGAGAACAUUUAACAAAUCUCAAAAUAAGCUGAUGUAAGCAAGCACAAGGUGAGAUUUUUUCCAAUGUAAGGGAACAGUGUUAACAGUGAUAACGAAGGUACAGAGGAUGGCAGAAACCUUUGUGGUCGUGAUGUUUACACUGGAUGUGGUGCUUGAGGAUAUGUUUGUACUGGUGUUUCCAGGGAUGAAUGACCAACCUGUAUUUCUGUUAACAUUUGUAAAAUUUAGCUGCUGUACCUGUUUUCAUAAUGAAUAAUUUAUAAUCAAA